AUGUCAUCGCCGAGAUACUCUGCCUCCGACUUGCAACCCCCAGAGAUCAGAAUACAAAGCGCUUCUCCAGAAGUCCCACAGGCACAGCAAAGCCAGUACCAGUACCUGUACGAGGAGGAACUGGAAGCUUCUGAAGAACUUGAACAACAUCGUCGAGCCAGAUCUCUGCCUUCUGAGACUCCCCGUGAGGGACAUCGAAGGCACAGGAAGAAGAGAUCUUCCAACACGGCGCACCUCGAGACACCCGAGGUAGAUCCUAGAAACAACAAGAUGGCUGGAAGCUCAAAGCACAGUUCCAGCAGUUCCCGAAAGGGCAGCUCUUCCUCUUCUUCGUCAAAGAAGUCAAAGUCAAGUCCAAAGGACGAUCUUGACUGGACCGACGUGACAGAUCCUGAAGAGAGACGGAGAAUCCAGAACCGCAUUGCCCAACGCAAGUUCCGAGAAAAGGCCCGAGAAAACAAGGAGAAGGCGGAACGAGACUCGCGUAACCAAGAGUACGCGGGCAACAGCUACCGUAUCCCAAACCCCGGCGACUUCAGCACAGAUCCAGAGCCCUCAGGUCUCCCCUGGGGAAGCGUCAAUAUUGCGCACUUUGUAGCGCGAGGCCAGGAGGUCGAGAGCCGGCGAAGCAGCGGGCGAGGAACAUACAGCGGAGAUGACGGCUUCGCGACAGCGACAUACGGGGCCUCACCGUCCUACGGAGGAGCUCAAUGGGCGCAACAUACAAGCUACGGUGGAAGCAGCGGAGGAGACGAGAUGUAUUACGACGAUUCCUAUCUGUACGACCCGAAUCUGCAGCAAUAA